GGGAAAAUCCAAGACCAGUUCAUGAGUUUCUGUAAUCUAUAAAUAGCAAGUGUCCCACGCAGGAUUUCCAAAGCAACUCUUCUUCUACACAAUAUAUAUUCUAAGAUUUAAAGAGAGAUACAGAGGAGAGGGGACAAAUACGAACGAUGAUGAAAGGUGUUCAUUUCCCGCUAUCUAUUGUUGCCACAUUGGCAUUGGCCACCUUCCUCGUCUCUGCCUCAGACCCCAGUCCUCUGCAGGACUUCUGCGUAGCAAUUAAUAACACCGAAUCUGCUGUGUUUGUGAAUGGGAAAUUCUGCAAGGACCCGAAGCUUGUGACUGCAAAUGAUUUUUUCUUCUCCGGGCUCAGAAUUCCUGGGAACACAUCAAAUCCGGUUGGUUCAUUCGUGACACCAGCGAAUGUGGAGCAAAUAGCUGGACUCAACACUCUUGGCAUAUCCCUGGCUCGCAUAGACUUUGCACCAAACGGCCUCAACCCUCCUCACACCCACCCACGCGGCACAGAAUUUCUCAUAGUCUUGGAAGGCACACUCUAUGUUGGCUUCGUCUCAUCCAAUGGCGACAACAAUCGGCUGUUCACCAAGGUGUUGAACAAGGGAGAUGUGUUUGUGUUCCCAGUUGGUCUCAUUCACUUCCAGCUCAACGUGGGACACGUCAACGCUUUAGCCGUUGCUGGUCUGAGCAGCCAGAACCCAGGAGUUAUCACCAUAGCCAAUGCAGUGUUCGGGUCAAACCCUCCUAUUAACCCUGAUGUUCUAGCCAAGGCAUUCCAGAUCGACGACAAGGAGGUUGAGUAUCUUCAGAAACAGUUCUGGUACAACAACAAUUAAUAAUCAGAUUAUUCAUAACAAAAGGCCAAGGCACUAAUAUGCAUGGAUUUAAGGUGGCCAAUAUGAAUUUUCUCUAAGCUCUACACAAACUAUAAUCUAAAUCUAGCUAAUGUUAUUAAUUAAAUAAGAUAGUUUGUUUAUGCAAUCUUGUAAUCC